AGAAGCAUUUUUAGAUUAGUCAUGAUAAAACCAUAACUGAAUGGACGUUAAAAUAAGGAGCCUUCUGGCGUUGUGCGACAAUAAUGGGCAAGCUCUUGAUGAGGCGUUUGAAUAUCUUCGAAACAACGAAUCCCGGCCUGCUGUUGAUGGGCCGGAUAUGUUCAGCCAUGAUCUUUUUGUCCUGUGUGCUGAGUCAGCCAUUCAGCAAGGCAAAAUUCUGAUGGCGCGAGACGCCCUCAAAAUGUACUUUGGCAGAAUUCCUCCGCAGAAUCAGUUUUUGGGACGAGCUUAUCUUGCACAGGCUCAAUUGCUAGCACCUGAGUCAUCUGAGAAUGUCGAACAGCUUGAAAAAGCAGUCGUUUUCCUUCUCCGAGCGAUCAAGUUUGCGAAAGAAAACUCCAGGUAUUACUUUAUAGUGUACAAUGCAUCAGUGCUGUAUUGGACCUUCUGCAGACCUUUUCUGAGGCCUGGGUACAAAAAGUAUCUGGCACCCAGUCUGCUUAUGGUCUCCAGGGCCCUGGAUGACACAAAGGAUCCGGACUACGAGUGGAGAGCUACUCUGAUGAUAUCUCUGAUGGAUAGUUUGCUGGAGGCAGGGAAGUUCAAAGAUGCUAUCGAUGUCUCUGUCAAUGCGGCUUCUUUUACGAAGCGUCUUGUACCACAUCUGUUCAAAGAUGUUUUCAGACUGCAGAUAAUACACGACCUGGUGGAGCUUCCGUUCCUGUAUAGGGCAUCUAGACAGUCAGGAGAUUUGAACUGCUUCUAUCGAUUGCAAAAGUUCAGAGCCAAAGCGACUAGGGGCGAUUUCAUGUCUGAUCCUAAGGGGCGUCUGAUUAAGUGCCUGGACCAGAUCAUGAAUAGGGCCCUCGAUGAAGAGGAAGAUGACGAGGAAGAAAGCGCAAUAAGUGAGGCGGGCAAACCGAAACUAGGCAGAAAGCCAGCUAGCAGACCAGUGGUGAAAGUGUCAAAAGGGAAUAAAGGUGGGGCAGGGGGUGCGGGGGGAGCUAGCUCCUUCCACGCCUACCACGAGUCCCAGCUCUCACUCGUGGAGCCCGAGCAACAGCCGGCCCUUCUCAUUGACAUGUUCCGACUGUGUAUGGAUCAGGGCUACUUUGAUUUAGCAGAGAUGGCACUCAAUGACCUCAAAAUAUGCACGGCUUUGAGCAAAGCGGACGAAGUUGAGCUGGAGAUCUUGGACUCGGAGUUGAUGCUGAAGAAACUGGGGACGAAUGAGGAGUCAUAUCGGAAGGAUGUGAUCCAACUGAGACAGAAACUGGUGGAAAGAGUGGAGCAGGCUCUGAGCAAUGCAGUCAGACUGGAUGACAGAGACCUGGUCCAGGCUGCAUGCACCACUCUCUGGAACAUCUGUCUGCCGCUGCUGCAGCCCAAUUUGAGGGCAUCCAUUCGAAGAGCUCUCACUCUGAUCGCCAACACGUUGGAAGAAAUUCAAAGUCUGCUGCGUUUGAUGAGAUGUCAAGUGCACACUGAACUGGCAAAGUGCGAGGAAGACGUGGAACAGAACCAGGUGGCAAUUGAGCACAUCAAGAAAGCGAUGCUGUUGGAUGACGAGGGACAAUACGUGGAGAGACACGAGAACAGCCUGGAGAGGCUGGAAAUGCGCAUCACUCUCUACGACACCCCCGAGGACCCACUGCUGUUGGCAGCCCAGAUCAUAGAACAAGCCAGCAGCACAGGGUCUGGAACGAUGACGAUGAGGAGGGCCCAUCUCAUGAAGGCAGGCCAGGCCCUGUCCCCAGAUGCCUUCUCGCUUGUCAUUGAAGCCGAGAGUUUCAAUAAAGUGCUGGCUGCGUCCGGUGGUGCUGGUCAAAUUGGCGUGUUGGCUCUUACCCAACCCAUGGGCACCAAGGCUGUCCACUACAACACCUACAUCGAGAAGACACAAGGACACCUCAAGAGAGUGGGCAAUGAACAAGAUAGAAUCAGGGUGCGUCUGUGGGCAGACUUAGCGAGGACUGCGAGGAAGCAGGGCGUGUGGGACAUCUGCCGGGUGGCAUGUCGUUUCUGCAUGCUCUACGACGACAACAGAUGGCAGGUCGCGCCCAAGCAACCGGACGACACUAAGGCCAGCAAGCGUAAACAGACUGAAGCUGCUGGUCCCGCUGCGGCCCUCGGUGGCGAAAAUGCGGGGGGUGCGCCGGGUGGCAGCGGUAAUGCUAGCCUCGGCUCUGCUAAAAGCGAGAACAGUAAUGCCGCUAAUGAAGGGCCUGCAGGCGACGACAAGGCUCCAUUAGGCAGUCACACCAACCUGGACGAUGACAGGCAGGCGAUCGUAAGUGGGGCAAUGGGGGGUGACUCCAAGCAGGGCAAGAAGAGUGACGAUGAUGAAGACACCAUAGGUAGCAGUGCGGGAGUGACCAAGUCUACCCUCUACGACAAGGAUCUAAUGAGGAUUCUUGCCGAGACUAGUUUCAUCUACGGAGAGGCUUUGAUGCAGUUGAUAAGGAGUGAGGGUCUGGAGUUGAAUGACAUGAAGAGCUACCCUGAUGACAAGAGCAAGCGACCAAAAGGCUACGUUCCACCCAGACCAGACCAAGACAAAAACUGGAUCGAAUACACCAACUGGAUCUCGAAACUGCACUCGUUAGUGACGCAGUCGUUCCUGCGUGCAUCUGACAUUGGGGUGGAGCUGAAAGAGCCCUGGAUAGUGCAGUCAGCUGUGGCCUAUCUGUGGAACUACAACAACCACAUUCUCUCCUCAAACAGACACUGCGAGAUCACCCAGCCUUUCGAACAUCUCUACGAGUGCCUCAAGGAAGUUGGCUUCGACAACAAAGCACCAAUGCUGGUAAAUCUCUGCACUGCCUUGGCCACCGGUCUGAUCUCAAACUGGAUGCCCAAGCCAGUUGCGAGACCCAACACAGCCAGCACCAUCCGUCUAGGAUCUGGGGGACUUAAGAAGGCUGCAGGUGGUCAGAAGGGAGGCGGAGGCGCCAAUCCGAAGAAGGAUGAGAGUGUGAAGUUGAACAUUGAACCCAAAGGAAUGGAGGAGAUCAAAAAAGCCAUCGCGAUCUGUGACUUUGCGAUCAAGAUGACUAGUGGCGACGGAGGAGGAGUGGGGGCUGUUAGAAACGAGGUGGCCAUCAGUGUCCGCCAGCCCCUGCUCAAUGUGUGGGUGCAGGCCAAGCAACUCGCAUCCACCUCCAUAGGAAAAGGACUGGGAUGCGACGAUGAUGCAUCCAGCAGUAAAAAAUGGGAUGCUGCAGAAGGUCAGAAGUUGGCCACUCGAGUGAUGGUGGCGGUGGAGAUGGCAUUCCUCAACACGAACGGACUGUUCGAGUUCAAAGAGUGUCCAUCCCUCAACGAGCUAUUCGCCAUGAGUGCUGCCUGUAAAUGGUCUGACCGAAACAUCCAAGUCCAGAUAUGGGCACGACUCGCCGCCCUUGCUUACGACAGUCGGGACUUCAACCUGGCUCUAAAGUGCAGCGACCAGGCGUUCCAGGUGGAAGAUGAACCCUGGCUGCUGAAGCUGAAGCGCAAUGACCACUUCAAGUUCACAGUGUUUUAUGAGAUGUUGAGCAAUGCAGCUUGUCUCAAGGGACAGUGUCUGCGACAGCUGAUGCACGGAAACAACCCUAUGCGACGACAGGCUUUGGAGCAGUUUUUGAAUGCUUGCAAAUAUGGAAAGAAGGCUCUGAAUUAUGACCUGGUGAUGACUGCCGCCAGACACUACUGGAACACGGCCCUUCCUCUGGUGAACUCGAAGCUGGAGCGGGAACUGCUGCAGGAUUCCCUUCUCACCAUCCUCAAGUGCAUCAACGCCACUGUCGACAGAGAGAAGGAGAGAAUGGAAGCGAGCAAAAUGAGCAAUGGUGAGCUGGCUGAUUUGGACACAUCUCGGACCCAACCACUUCCGAUGACCGCUCCGAAGACAGACAGGAAGUCUGUGUCUCAAGCUCCGCAAUUAGCCCAGGCAGGCACGGAUGGGGGAGCAACUGUGAGUACGCAGGCAAAUAUCCUCGCGACUCUGAUGCAGCCCUCUGACACGCAGAAAAUAGGAGACCCGUCCGAGGACUUGACCUUGAGAGCCGCCAUGUACGGUGUUCUGUUCCUUUCUUUCAUCGACAAGAAAAACUACGAGGGUGGUCUAGCUGCAAUGGAUGAGGCUGUGAACAUUCUACCGAGGACGAAGCACAGAUUGCUGGUGUUCAAACACAGGGUCAUGGUCAAGGCCAAGCUGGGUCAGAAUGUCUCGGCCGACAUUGCCAAGUUCAAGGACGAGAGUGAGGAUUAUGUGGCCUACAUGUGGAGACGGGUGGCACUCAGUUCCAAGAAAGAACUCGAACAACUCACCUCUUUCCAGAACUCCAUCGAGGCUCUCACGAGUGCUACACACGACUGGCAGAAGGUGGACUAUCUGCUGGAGUUUGGAGAGUGGCUGUAUGUGAACGAGUACCCUCUGCAGGACUCAGUAGACGUCAUAGACUGGGCGGUCAAUAUCCUCCUUAACAUGAAGUUCCCUCUGCCCUCAACCAAAUCUGCCCGGAAAUCGGGCAAGAAGGUUAGCAAGAGGAGUACCGUUGGCGCAAAGAGCACUACCCGAUCCGAAACCAAUUCUCUGACAGGAGACAAUGGAGCAAAAGUUCAACUGGAUCCGACUGCUGUGGAGGAGGAGAAGUUGGAAGACUUGGUGUCGGACGAUGAAGACGACGAUGCGGACUUGUUUGAUGCUGGCCAGUACAUCCCCAUUGUGCGCAAGGCAGAAAUAGGCACCAACCUCAACAACCUGGCCUUGACUGUGGAGAAUGUAAACGGAGUGAACCAGCUGGAGCUGCUCAUGAGGAGCCACCUAAUGCUGGCACAUAUUGUGGGAACUUCUUCUAGAACAUUCCCGUACUGCGUACUCAUGGCCUACACUUGUGUCAUGAGGAUUUGGCAGGACUUGUGGUCUCGUCUCACCACAAAUAAGGUGACUCUGAUGCAGGGCAACAGAGGCAAAGACGACAAGGGUCCAGUGGAGAAGGGUGCGUCUGCGAAGAAGAAAGACGGGGGCAAAAAAGAUGGCGACAAGAAAAAAGAAGAAGGAGGGGGAAAGAACGAGAAAGGGAAAGGAGGCGGGGCUGCUGGAGGAGCGACUGCGAGGAAGACUGGGCCCGUGGAGACCAUCCCAAGGACAUUCGAGGAUUGGGCGCUGUAUGAGAUGCCUGAGAGCAUGCGCCAGUUGUGUCACGAAGACACGAGCGGUUUCUGCGUGAACAAACUCACACUUAACAAACCUAUGCUCACACUGCACUACUUGAUGACUCUGGUGGAGUAUGUGCGUGAGCUGAAUUUGAACUACCUCGCAUUUCCUGCCCUCUCAUUGGGCAAGUUCAUAGCCAGCGAAGUCAUGGAAAAGGACUCAAUUGGCAAGGUGGUGCGCCUCAAGUUUGUGCAGUUGUGCCAUGAGAUCAACUUGGAGGCUGCAGCCAGUUACCACGAGAACGUGGUCGGCCAUCUCUACAUCAACGAGGAAGAACAGGCACAGGUGCGUACUGAGCUGAGUGUGAUGGAGGAGAAGUUGAGGCAGGUGAUGUUAGAGGAGCAGCGGAUGAAGCAGAACAGACGAGUGAUGAUAGAACAGUCGAACAUGAGUGAGAACACGAAGCAGAUGAUGAUCAACAGACAGCAACACUCCAUGUCAGCCACAUCCACCACAUCCACCUCGGCGGGUGGUGCGGAUCUUCCGCUUGGGGAACCCCUAGUGUUGAGUGGGAGGAAGAUAGGUGAUGUUUCUUUCUAUGACAACUGGAUCCAAAUGGCGCGCUUCCUCAUCGACCAAUGCCAGUAUCAAAAUGCCCGCCAGUUUCUCGCAGAAGCUAACUCAGCCGCAAAGCGACUGGACGAUACCCUUACGCGACGAAAGUGCCUGGAACUACUUAGCUUAAUGGCUUUGAAAGAAUCAAAUCCCGACCAGGCAGCGAAAAUACUAGCCAGUGCCCAGGGUCUGGGGGGAGACAUUGACUUCUGGUUCGCGGCUACCAACAUUCUAGCGGAAUGUUUGAUGCUGAAGCGUGAAGACUCGGAGAGAUUUAGCAAAGCGCGUCAUUUGAUCCACACGGCUCUCGAUGAAUUCGAAACUCUAACCAUGAUACAGCCGAACAAGCAGCCGUCCAUUGAAGUGAUGAUGGCAAAACUGGAGCUGAAACUCGCUCUCAUUGAGUACGAGCAUAUAAUGACUGGUUCAUCUAAUUCAGCCUCGGUUAGCACUAUGCAGCCGAAAAUUCAUGGGGCCUUGAUUGGCGUGGUGAAGAGGCUGGAGAAAGUGGCACAGGUGUUCAAUCGGGCGAGAAAAUUUAUGGAUGAAAUCUACACUGUGCUUCAGAUCUGCCAUUUGUACCGGCGUUUUGCGGGCGACUGCUCUGGCGACGAAGAGUCCCGCAAUGAUUUUCUUCUCAAAUGUCAGAGGAUUCUGAAGGUGGAGUGCAUCAAACACCAGGGCGAGUUCCAAGUGGUCGCUGACCUGCUCUCACUCUCUGAGAAUGAGGCCUACAGUCUUCCGUACGGACGUGCAUUGGGUGAGAUGCAGCUGCUGUACUGUGGGGUGCUACUGGACCUCUACCACAUCCACGUGAACACGGAGAAGAGACACUGCGAGGCACAGAGGAGGAAGCCAUCACUACUCCAGUUUGUGGAGGAGUUCCAACGAAUAGAGAACACUCCAGCCGGAUUAGAGGAGGAAGACGAGGAUUUAGCCACAGUGGUGAAGUCAGUGCCCCACUACGUGCAGUCUAUUCUGCAGGGCGCACUGGUCAACAACCAGCAGUGGGCUCACAACUCACCCUUUAGGGCCAAGAUUCUGCUGCUCUCUGGCAAGUUCUACAGUCUUCAGGGCCUUCUUGUUAGCCCCGACAAAGUGUUGCAAUGGCAACUCCAAAACAUGAACAUUUUAUCGAUGCUGAAUGCCGAGUCACAAGCGGCCAAUUUGAAGAAAAAGGGAAAAGAGAAAGAGAAGGAAAGUCAGGACAAAAUAACUGGAGGCGCUGGACUAACUACAGAUGCUUCAACCAUUUCAGCCGGCAAUCAGAAUCCCAAUGCGGCUAUGCAAUCUACUGACAUGACUAACACAGGAGCCAAUUCAAAACUGGAUUCGACAUUGACUAAAGAACAGCUGGAGGCAUCACUGAAUCAGAAUGUGUUCGCAGCUGCCACUUAUGACGAAGAAGGACACCUGCUGGAGGGGGAAACUGAAGUGAGCAGGGAUUCUGAGCUGCAGAAGAACAGACGCGACAGAAUUAUGCGCGACAAGAGGGCGUUUCUGCAGCACAGCCUGCUGUAUGCACAAGCGACUGAGCUGCUGUCGCAGAGUGUGCAGCUGGCUCUCUCCUCUGGCGACUACUCUCUAGCAGCCAGUGCUGCCCUGGAAAUGGUGGAGACAGUUGCCCAGUACGAUCCCAAUAUCGCCUCACAGUACCUGGCCUUGCAUCAGAGUUGUCUGGUGAGUGUGGAAGCAAGUAAGCUACUGGAAAUGGCCAUCAGUGACACUAGCUACUCUUUCCUACACUCCCUGUUGAGGCAGAACCAGUUGGCACACGAGGCACCCACUGGCACCUCUGCCUCUGUCACCACCACCACCACUACUCCCACCCCCAACCGAAGCAUCACUUCACACCUCAACAACUUCGAGGCAUGGCGCAGAACUCAGGUGAAGCCGAAUCACUUUGAGUUCACCAAAGAGUAUCCCUCGAGCGUCAACUUUGUCGUCAUUCAGCAUUCGCCGGACAAGAAGUUCAUUUACUUGGGUCUUCUGGACAAACCCAAGACGUCUGCUCCAGUGAAAGGAAAACAAGUCACAACUUCCGUUGGGGACUCGAAAGCGAGAAUAUUCAGGGUAGCAGUGGAGGCAGGCAGCUGUGCUGGAGGAUUGAGUGGACUGAUCGAACGGGUGGACAAGUUCCAGUUGGACAUGAAGACGUACUACCUGCAGAGGGAGUCCAGAAUGUCACAGCAGUCAUACCAGGCCAAACUCAUGCAGUCCCUGGGCAGUGGGAACAAUGGGGAGAAACAUAAUAAGUUGAGUGCGGUUGAAGAAGAGAGAAGUGACGCGGCAAAGGGUAAAAGUUCGAAGCCGACCAGCCGAGUCGUGAGCUCGAAGAGUACCGUGUUGCAAGUAGAGUUUAAAGACAUCAAAGAUGACGAUGAGGAGGAAGAGAUGGCUCUUAAACCGAUAGGGGAAGAUGCCGACGGGGAAGAUUGCGUGGACGAAGACGACGGACAGAGUUCGGGAGGAGACAGCGAUGACUGGAAAGAAGAGGAGGCUAGACAGGAGGCCAUGUUGCAAGCAGAGUUCGAGAAGAUUCUAGAAGAUACUGAGAACUAUCUUGCAGCCGUCACUGGCAUUCUUAGAGUCGAGUUACAACAUUUGAGUGAUUCAGCAUCGGAUCCCAACUUCAUGGUUGUCUUGUUAGCCGACUUUGAAUUACAGCGACUCCCAUUGGAGGCUCUCGCCCUCUUGCGGGAAAACCCGAACAUCUCCGGCUUCUCGCGAGACUUCUCAUUGCAAAUGUUCCACAAUCGGUUCACAGCUGACUCGAGUGAUGAAGGGGUGGAUGGGGAAGGAAAAGAGAAGAAAGCGAAAGGGGAGAAAGCAGCGGGAGGUGCUGGGGGUAAGAACGUGAAAACACAGAAAGAAUCCAAGAGGCCCCAAGUGAAGGUGUCCUCCUUGGACCGGGAGAUAAGUCCUGGUUUCCUGGGAGUGGAUGUGCAUGCAGUGUCUUAUGUGGUGGAUCCUUUGAAGGAGGCGAGCGAAUACGACGAAUUCAAGCCAGAGGUGGUAAUGAAGAAGUACCUGAGUGAUCCUGUGUUCAGUGCCAAGUACAUGGCCAGGUGGAUGGGAGUGAUUGGCGGAGACAAAAUGCCCACGAGAAGACGCCAUAAAAAGUGCCAAGCAGAGUUCUUAACAACUGGCGACUGGAUUGAGGUGAUGAAGGACUGCAAUGCACUCAUCUACUAUGGCCUGGAGGACCUGUUUUCCUACCUGGCGUCUGACAGACUGCUUCCAGUGUGUCUUAAUGAGUGCCAGCUGCUCCUCAUGCUCGACAGGGUCCAGAGUUACCCCAGUUACAAGAGAGUGUCCAAGGAGAACGUCAACAAAUCGGCGACGCAGAUACACCUGGAGGCGCCAGUGAACGUGAGCAUGCUGCUCUCUCUGGUUGGAGUUGGAUCCAUUAUGAUCAACCAGUGGUUCGGCAAGUCACAGGACAACAAACACAGAUUCGAUCUCAUCAUGAAGCACUUGAUUGACAAAGGAGUAACAACUGGUCAGUUACACAAACUGCUCUGCUACCCUCCACAGGAAGAUGAAAAGGACACCCUGCCCCCACUUCCUAAUGCCAGCGCCACUAUCUUAGAGAUACCCGAAGGAAAAGAUGGGGACAGGGCAGAACUGAAAUCAGGCAAGAGUCGAGAUGGAGUUCAUUCGGGCAAGGGACACAGCAAACCAAACACUGGCUCCGAGAAAUCGAGAGCACCUUCCUCCGCUAAGCAGGCUCAAGCAAAUGUAGUGAAGCCUGCUUCUCCAGUUUGCAAACACCCCUUCGAAGCACCCCCAGUUCUAUACACUAACUUCAACAUGACCCUCUAUGGCCUGCCGAGCAUUAUACUUACGUGAACAAAUCAGCUACAGACUCAGAAAAGUGAACUGAAUUAACUGUAGAUAACUUUCUCAUUGUAACAAAAAUGAACCAUACGUGAUAUCAUGAAUAAAUGUAGCUAACCUGUUGAUUGUAAAUGUGUAAAUAACUGAACUCGCUAAUUCAGAUUACCCGAAUUACGGAAUCGAAUCAUUUCAAAUUAAUACAAUAAUUGCAUAAAUAAAAUAUAUUAACUCA